AUGGACGAUCCAGUUUUUUGGAAGGAACCAGAUGAACCGGUGCAGACCCCACCUGGACUAGCGGACCCCCAGCCGUUAUUCAGCUGUACAAGCAAUGUUAGUAGCAGAAUAACGACAAACAUGGAGACACGUGUUUUGAUUGAUCUCUUGCUUAUCUGCGCCGCGACUGGACUUUCAGUGGAAGAAAAAUCUUAUAAUAAUGAUAUCUUUACUUCAAUGGAUUAUGCAAUAUUUAAAAAAACGAUAGCAUACGUGUAUGAUGAUAACGAGAAUUUGGUGGAACUAACAUUAGAUGACGACGUAGAGAGUUUAGACGAAACUCAAAUAGAUAUCGCAAAUCGUGUCUUGUUUUUCUUAUACAUGAAAAACAAUCCUACUAUACCAAAAAUACUUUACAUUAAUGAUAAGGAUGUUUUGAAGAAUAGCGGUUUUGAUCCUACCAAACCAACACGUUUUAUAAUUCAUGGAUGGAUGAAUUCUCGGAGUAGCUCAGCAUGUCUUCUGAUUCGCGACGCUUAUGUGACGAAUGAGGAUUGUAACGUUAUUGUCGUUGAUUGGAGUAAGAUAAGCAUGAGGCCUUAUAUUUGGGCUAGCAAACGUGUUAGCAUGGUCGGUCAAUUCAUCUCCACCAUGAUUGAUUUCCUCGAAGAGCAAGGAAUGAAUCUGUCGAAAACCAUACUGAUCGGUCACUCUCUUGGUGCCCAUGUAGCUGGAAUAGCUGCUCGCAAUGCUCAAAACGAAAUUAGCUUCGUUGUGGGACUGGAUCCAGCUUUGCCCGGCUUUUAUUCAGCAGGUUCAGGAUCCAGAAUAUCGAGCGGGGACGCGCAGUACGUGGAGAUCAUUCAUACGAAUGGCGGUCUCCUCGGUUUUUUGACAGCUAUCGGCGAUUCUGAUUUUUAUCCUAACGGAGGACAAAAGCAGGUCGGUUGUCUAUUGGAUAUCGGCGGCGCGUGCUCUCACGCUCGUUCAUUCAAAUUCUUUGCCGAGUCCAUCAGCAGCCAGUUAGGAUUCCACGGAAGAAGUUGCAAUAAUUUCAUUCAAUUUAAACGGGGCUUAUGCAACGACAGGCCUACAUCCCUCAUGGGCCAUAAGUCACAAUUGCAUGCGCGCGGUAACUAUUAUCUAUUGACCAAUUCAAAAUUCCCGUUCGCAAACGGUCCGAUUUUGACAUAAUUGUUCAUAGAGAGAGAAUCAGAGAGACAAAGAUAGAGAGAGAGAGAGAGAGAAAAAGAAAGAGAGAGGAGAGAGAGAGAGAGAGAGAGAGAGGGAGAGAGAGAUGAGAUGAAAAACUCAUGACUAUGGCCGUCAGAGCGGAGAAUUCUGGAUUUGGAAAUUCAUUGCGGAACAGGAAGGAGAUCCGCGCUGGGCUAAACUCGUUUCUCCCAGCAAUCGAUCGGACGCAUUCACGGUGCGUAAUUUCGUUUCCGCCCGCAGCGGCUGUUUCAAGCGCGAGUAUUGCAAGCUCUCGUAUCUCGCACGCGCGCGCUAUUCUUAUAAUCCCAUCUAAGCCGGGAAAUCGAUGGCUACUGGAUCAUCGGUAUCAUUUAUUGAAAGAACAAAACAAAGCAUUAACGGCCGCGCGACGUUUUGCUUUACCAUCGACCCAAUUAUCAGCGUAAGCGCAAGCAGGGAAAGGGACGUAUUUUGCGAAAUACGUCUCAUAUGACGCAGAACGCAACGUAACAUUUUAUUGGAAAUGCAAAAUACUCGGAGGAAAGAUACCCGGUGUUCUAAAUGCAAACCAAGUCGGCGUUAAACAUACAUAUCAAUUUCUCUUCCGUUGUCCGUUUUCUCGCAUACAGCUCGAACGCGCUUCGGUGCAUCCCCGCGUGCAAACAUCCACCGAGAUACACGGCCUCUCGAAACGCGAAUUGCUCGGACCAGCUGCGAACUUAGUCGCGAUGCAUUAAAUUUUAUCGUAAUAUAUCUCGUGUAUAUCGUGCAUAGCAACAAAGAUAAUAAGGCGAUACGGGAAACAGUUGGAUUAAACCGCGCGUUGAAUUUUAGGCUCCAGGCUGUUUCAAGUAAACAGACGCAGAUAUUUAUCAUUUUGAUAUAAUGUACGAGCUAAAGUUGAAAAGCAGUUUUGCAAAGUAAGAGAAACCAUCUCGCUUGUAACGAGAAUCUUUUUCGUCAAAUAAUUUUAGCGUAGACGUAGACACAAUGUUGAUCGCAGCAGCUGCGAUAAUUACGACUGAUAUCUAAUGCAUUAAUUGUAAUCAUUAUUCUUCGAAAAAUCGGUUAAAUAUUCUAAAAUUAUAAUGCCUGAUAAUCAUAAUCAAUUGCGUAAUGUUCAAUACAAUGAAAUGUGAUAAGAUUUAUACAGAGCACUAAU